GGCAUCUAGCUGCGGACUGUACUAGAGUAUAUAAUAGAACAGUUUAACGCAAAAUUCAUCCGAUCACUUGCAUCGCUUCAUAUUCUGAAAUGCGCUUCAUCACACUCGCUGUAUUCUUCGCUUGUGCUCUUGUAGCAUCUAGCAGCGUUCUUCGUGAAAAGAGACAUUGUGGGUGUGCUCAGCCACAACAGAGUCAGUGCUCUUGCCAACAGGUUCAACAAACCCAAUCUUGCUCGUGCCAAUCUGCUCCAGUUCAACAACAAGCACCAUCCUGCUCUUGCGCUCAGCCACAACAAACUCAAACUGUUCAGGUCCAAUCUACUCAAUGUGCUCCAGCUUGCCAACAGAGUUGCAGACAACAAUGUCAAUCUGCUCCAGCCGUGUCCCAAUGCCAACCAAUGUGCCAACAACAGUGCCAGUCUCAAUGCACACCCAUGUACAACCCACCAGCGACGACCACUACAACCCCAGCUCCAGUUGUUCAAUGUCAGCCAAUGUGCCAACAACAAUGUCAAUCUACAUGUGUCCAGCAACAACAGCCAGUGUCCCAAUGUCAACCACAAUGCCAACAGCAAUGUAAUGUUGCCUGUGAUGCUACAACCACCACUACUUCGGCUCCACAAGUGAUUCAUAUUCAACUUGAAAUUCAGCAAGCUCAAGUUCAAUGCCAACCUGCUUGCCAGCAACAGUGCCAGUCAUCUUGCGUCCAGCAACAACAACCAGCUAAACAAUGUGCUUCUUCCUGCAAUACUCAAUGCACAAAUGCUUGCCAGCAAACCGCUCAAGCUACUCAACAAGUCAUUUACGGUCAAAACUCCAACACUCAAAUGUACGAUCCAUACAACAACCAACAACAACAACAAGCUAACUGUGCUCCAGCUUGUCAACCAGCCUGUGACAACUCAUGCAUCCAGCAAACUGCCGCUCCAAUCUACAAUCCAACCACAACUUCAGCUCCACAAGUGGUUCAAAUUGUGCUUCAAGCCUCUGUUGCUCAAUCCUCGCAAUGUGCUCCACAAUGUGAACAGUCUUGCCAACAACAAUGUGUUCAACAACAACAGCCAGUCGCACAGUGCCAAUCUGCUUGCCAAUCUUCAUGCUCAAGCUCUUGCCAAGCAGCUCAACCAGCUACUGUCGCUUGCCAGCAGGCACCACAAAGUAACCAGUGUUCAUGUCAAUCGAACUAUUCUCCAUGUGGGCAAGGACAAUGUUGCCGCAGAAAGUAGAAGAUCAGUGUACUUUUGAAUUUGAUUUUUGUAUAUACUGAAACACACUCGUUUCAAUAAAUAAUUGCAUUUGU